ACCCGCCUACUUAAUAUGAUGUUCUGGCCAUUUUACACUUACUAACAGAAAAAUAAACACUAUCGUAUCUCGGUCUUCUACGUGCCUUUUUAACAGCGACUCACAGUUACAUGGGACACUGUUUGAGCAACUGCACUGCGCACUCGAAAACGUAUGUCUGUUAACGGUGAAUGACCAUGUCCAUAUCAGUCGGUGACUGAUAAUUGGAGUUACCGAUCAGUUAUGAUGAGUAGUUUGGAAAGCAGCGACUACAGAGUCAAAGUUGGAGAAGUCAGUGUACACCUGAUGACAGAUAUAAAGGACAGAGACAAGGACGAGUGACAAUUGGUCAACAUGGAUUAUGACCGGAGGGGUGGCAGAGGUGACCGCAUGGGCCGCUAUGGCAACACCCAAAAUGAUCACAACUUCCGGGACAUGGACUACAGAGGCUACGAUGAAGAGGCAGGAGCAGAAUUUGAUGUCACAGCAGAAGGGGGCAAACCAUGUGGUCGUGAUGAGCAAUCACUGGGUGCCCCUGACUUCUCACUGGGUCGUCUCCAAGAUUGCCUGGGGUUUCACAAGAGAGGUGAUGGGAGUGAGGACAUUUUGGAUGAGGGUAAAGGGUUUGUGUGGCCCACUUGCUCUCAGCCGCAACCUGAUCUCGCCAAUCCAAUGCUCCAGAGGGACAAGGAAAGAUCCAGACGGGAGUUUGAUCAGUUACAGACUGCCCUGCAAGUCGAGGGACGAAUUGGGAGAGGUUUUCCUGGGACUGGUACCCCUUACUCAGGCAGUAACGAGGGUAGUUGGGAUCGUGGUAGUGCUCUUUCUGAAAAGAUGGAUCACAAUACAGCAAGACAGAGAGAGGAGGACAGAUUUCCUCAUGUGGCAAUGAAGAGGAGGGCUUUCCCAGUAGGGCCAGAGGAGCAUGGUUGUGGGAAUGUUGGUCCAGACCUAACCCAUGAUGAGAUGGAUCAGCGGGACCAAGAUUAUCGUGCAGAUCUUGACCAUAACCAGAGGCCCAGUAACAUCAUAAUGCUACGCAUGCUUCCCCCCAAUGCCACAGCUAAUGAGAUAAGGGCACAGCUUCAGGAGCAGGGGAUUCAGCCAAGAGAGGUUCGCCUCAUGAGGAACAAAUCAUCAGGUCAGAGCCGAGGAUUCGCCUUCGUCGAGUUUAAUCACAUACAGGAGGCCACCUGCUGGAUGGAGACCAACCAGGGAGUGCUACUGAUUCUGGGACAGAGGGUUUUGAUGCACUACAGUGACCCCAAACCACGUGCCAAUGAGGACUGGCUCUGUAACAAGUGUGGUGUGCAAAACUUUAAAAGGAGAGAAAAGUGCUUCAAAUGCAGUGUUCCUAAAUCAGAGGCUGAGCUAAAGUUGCCCCAGUUGCCAAGGGAUUUGCCUGUUGGUCUCCAAAAGGAUGGAGCUCAAGGUUUACUGCCUUUGCCUGUACUCUACCACUCCUCUGGUCCUAUUCUCACCACAGGACAAGCGGCACAGCAGGCAGAUGUUGCCAAUGACACUCUGAUACUCCGAAAUCUCGGUCCUCAUACUGCAGUGGAAGCAAUUUUAUCUGCUUUGGCUCCAUUUGCAACACUCUCCCCCUCAAAUAUUCGCCUGAUCAAGGACAAGCACACACAUCUCAACAGGGGGUUUGCAUUUCUACAGCUUUCUACCAUAGUGGAAGCCUCUCAGCUACUCCAGAUCUUACAGGCACUCAAGCCAGCACUGUCCAUCGAUGGGAAGUCAAUUGUGGUGGAAUUUGCCAAAGGCUCUAAACGUGAUGUGUUCCUGGCGGAUGGAAGCAGGGUGAAUGCUGCAAUGGUGGCCAGCACAGCCAUAGCUGCUGCACAGUGGACUGUCACGCCGACUUCUCAAAAUGGAUCGGGUGGAGUACAGAGUAUAGAUACAGCAAUGUACCAGCAGGGUGCAGCAGUAACAUACAGUCAAGAAGGACAUGAAUACUUUGAGCCAGAUGGUGCAACUUUCAAGGCCCAGACAGACACCAGGAUACCUGCUUUGCCCAAUGCAGGAGCAGCCCUGGUGGUGACAUACGCAGGAGGGACUGCAGCAGCUGCUGUUUCAUCGGCGGUAGUGACGCCAGGGUCAACAGUUGGGCAGCAGUCUUUCAGUCAUAACCAAACUGCUCUCAUCACCACAGAUGCAGCCAUACCUGCCACACAGGUGGAAAUAGUUGGAAAACCACAGCCAGCGGCUCCCAGUCAACCUGCAACCCCAGGCACUGAACAUGAGCUCAAGCAAUACCCUGUGCCAGAUGUGUCCACAUACCAGUAUGAUGAAAGCUCCAGUUACUAUUACGACCCACUGACAGGACUCUACUAUGAUCCUACCUCCCAGUACUACUUCAACCCUCAUACUCAGCAGUAUAUGUACUGGGAUGGAGAGAAACACACCUAUAUUCCUGCUGCUGGCCAGUCAGACACUGAAGGUGUUGCCAUGAGCGACACCUCGGUGCCGUCAGACUCUCCAUUUGCCUCUCUGGGCAGCAAAGAGAAAAAGGACAAGCUCAAGAGCAAAACUGCUCAACAGAUUGCCAAAGACAUGGAGCGCUGGGCAAAGAGUCUUAACAGACAGAAGGAGAACAUGCGUUCUGUGUCGUCCUCCCCUGCCAUCGGCUCAACAGCGCUUCCUCCUGGUUACCCCAGGACACCCAGCCGCCUAGAUGACUGCCGAGAGUCUGCUAGUGCUGAUGCUGGCUAUGCUGUGCUGGAGAAGAAGGGGGCACUGUCUGAACGGCCUCAGAUCUAUGUCGACCAGAUCCGACAAAGUGCAGAAACUUCUCCUCCUCAGCAGCAGUUUCUCGUCCCGGCUUACAGUGGAGACACUGACAGUGAAGAGGAAGGAGGCGACAGAAAUGAAAAUGAGGGGAGGAUGACAGACUGGGUUAAGCUGGCCUGUCUGCUGUGUAGGAGGCAGUUCCCCAGUAAGGAAGCUCUCAUCAGGCAUCAGCAACUCUCUGAGCUACACAAGCAAAAUCUGGAGCAGAGGAGAAGUCAACAGGAAGCUGGAGGCAAAGAGAGAUUUGCAGAUGGAGCUGAACCUCCGGUUCCCAAGAGGAGAAUGUGCAGUCCCAUUGAUGGAAUCACAGGCACUAGUCUCGGUGCCAGGAUGCUGCAGGGAGGUGUGAAAAAGGGGCUGCUAUUUCGUAAUAUGCAAGUGGAGUAAGCCCUCGAUCUGAAUUGUCGACAUCCUGACCCGGACAGGACAAGGACAUCGUGUAGAAAUCCACAGAUGAAACUCUUCAUUUUGGUUUGGACAUUGCAGAUCCUGUAGCAAUGGGUGUCAAGAUAUUGCACAGAAUGCACCUUUUUUUGUUUUCUUCCUGAAUGAUACAUUUUUGCUUUCUACGGAGCUUGUGCCUGAUAAGCACGAUUUAUGUUGUUGGGAA